UUCUUCCUCUUCUCCACCGGCUGUUGCUUCACUCAUAUUUCAACAUAAACUACGGCUGUUAUAAUAAAGGGUAAAAUUGAUGCCAUUACAUCUACAUCAUCCCCUUCGCGCGGACUUAAUAUAAAUAGUUUUAUAUUGAAAAGUUAUAGAUGGAUUUUAACGUGAAGAGAUUUGCCGCGGACGCGGGCACUUUAUUCAGCCGGGCGGUGCAAUUCACAGAAGAAAAACUUGGCCAGGCUGAGAAGACAGAGUUGGAUGCACAUUUGGAGAAUCUCCUCACCAGAGCUGAAUGCACCAAACACUGGACAGAGAAGAUUUUGAAGCAAACGGAAGUAUUACUGCAACCAAAUCCAAAUGUCAGAAUAGAAGAAUUCUUUUAUGAAAAACUGGACAAGAAGGUCCCAACACGCAUGAACAACCAUGAACUUCUGGGUCAGUCCAUGAUCGACUCCGGGACUGAAUUUGGGCCUGGAACAGCCUACGGAAACGCUCUGAUUAAGUGUGGUGAGACAGAGAAACAAAUCGGAGGAGCAGAGAGAGAGUUAAUUCAAAGCUCAGCCAUUAAUUUUCUCACGCCUUUCCGCAACUUUCUAGAAGGAGACUUCAAGACUAUAUUGAAAGAGCGCAAACUGCUUCAAAACAAACGACUGGACCUGGAUGCUGCAAAGACUAAGUUGAAGAAAGCCAAAAUGUCUGACGCCAGAGCUCUGGCAGAACAGGAUCUGAAAAUUACACAGAGUGAGUUUGACAGACAGGCAGAGAUCACCAGGCUUCUACUAGAGGGGGUCAGCAGUACACAUGCCCAACAUCUUCGUUGUCUUAAUGACUUUGUGGAGGCUCAAAUGACAUAUUACGCCCAGUGUUACCAGUACAUGGUAGAUCUCCAAAAGCAGUUGGGAAACUUCCCUUCAGCUUUCUCUUCUAACAACAACCAGUCGGCAGUUAGUGGAGGGGCCAGUGUCUCAUUACCCAUUCUGCCACUAUCAGCCCCUCUUCCUUCUGCUACAGGUAACACCUCUUCAGAUUUCACUGAGCUGCAGAACUUUACCGGGAGCCGUAAAGCAAGAGUGCUGUAUGAUUAUGAUGCCGCGGGCAGCAACGAACUCUCCUUAUUGGCUGAUGAGGUGAUCAUGGUGAGUAGUGUGCCAGGCAUGGACUCUGAUUGGCUGAUGGGUGAGCGCGGGAACCAAAAGAGAAAAGUGCCCAUUACCUAUCUGGAGCUACUAAAUUAAAAAAAAAAAAUUUUUUGUUGGAACCAAAACACAAAAAAGUGUAAUCCAGCAGUGCUGUGUACAUAUUAAAGAAAUGCAACUAUAUAUAUAUAUAUAUAUAUAUAUAUAUAUAUAUAUAUAUAUAUAUAUGCAACUAUGACAUCUUGUGCUGCUCAAAUGCAACAGUAUUUUAUUGAACAUCGCACCUUGCAUUCCCAGUAUGGGAAGAGGUUCUAACAACAGAACUGUUUACAAAUGAAUAAUUGCAGAAUGUUUUUAAUUAACUUGAUGUGUUGUUAUAACUGCCAACUUGCCUUGUUAUAUACAAAAACUGCAAAAGUUACUUCUUUUGAGUAUUACAAGAGUGUUUACAACAAGAAUGUAUCAAGGCUGAUACAAUAGCAAUAGCAUAGCAAUAGUCAAUAGCACAUUUGUUUGAAUUUUUAAGUGGCUUCCAUUAUGUACACAAACUAUAUUUCAGGUUCUGGAACAUUUCAAAGGAGUUCUUUUAGGUAGCAGACUGAGGUGGAAACUGAAUAUGCCAUAAUUUAUUUUCUGGGUUAUAGUCCCAGUUUAGCUGAUGCAGUAGGUGCCUCAAUUAUUAUCUUCUUCUGUUUACAUUUCUCUUUAUUGCAUUAAACGUUUGAGGACACAAAAAUGCUUAUUUGCACGCAGACAGCAUUUCCUGUUACACGUUAUGAAACUGACCUUUUGUAUUGACAAAUAAACAGAGCAGCGACCUUACACUUUAAAAAGCACAUUCAUAUGUAUGUACUAUUUUCUACUUAAUUGUGGAGCCAGUUGUUUAAGACUAAAAAUAAAAAAUCUGUUUACUGAAAACUUACCUUUAUGCCUUACAAUCAUGUUGAGGUUGAUGCAUUUUUAAAUUGUGUACAGAAAGAAAGCAUAGUUAAGAGAUAAGUGCUCAUUUUACACAUGUUGUCAAAGUGCCACUUUCUAUAUAAUAUAAGAACAUUUUUUGUUUACUUUUGUUUAUAACCACAAAAAAAAAAACCAAAAAAAAAAACUGCUUCAUGUCUGUGAUGAGUUACUACCAUAGAUUUAUAUACAAUGGUUUUAUUAUACAAUAAUAAUAAAAAAAAAAGUUUGAGA